UCUCUAUAGAUCAAGUUGGCCUCAAGGUCAAGCGAUCCCUCUACCUAUGCUAAACCAUGUCUGCCUUCAUUUCUCGUUCUUGAUGCUGGACAGAGACCCCAUCACUCCUCCAUCAUGUAUUGUCGCUGAGGCCAUUUCAGGUUUAACUAGAAUUUGAUUUCCUUGAUCAAGAAUUCUAGGAAAAUUACUCAACUCCACUUCUAGGAACCCAAGGAUGCAGUGAGCUAUGAUGAUGUGCAUGUGAACUUCACUCAGGAAGAAUGGGUUUUGUUGGAUCCUUCCCAGAAGAGUCUCUACAAAGAUGUGAUGCUGGAGACCUACAGGAACCUCAGUGCCAUAGGCUACAAUUGGGAAGCCCAUCCUACUGAAGAACAUUGUCAAAGCUCUAGAAGACGUGGAAGGCAUGAAAGAAGUCCCACUGGAGAGGAGCCUUAUGAAUGUAAUAAAAGUGGUAAAGCCUUUGCAUAUCACCAUUAUCCUCAGUGGCAUGAAAGAAUUCAUACUGGAGAGAAACCCUAUGAAGUUAUUCAGUAUGGUGAAGACUUUGUAUAUCACAGUAGUCUCCAAAUAUAUAAAAGAAUAGCUAUUGGAGAGAAACCUUAUGAAUGUAAUCAGUGUGGGAAAGCAUUUACAUAUCAUAGUCAACUUCGAAGACAUAAAAGAACACAUACUGGGGAGAAACCCUACAAAUGCAAUCAAUGUGAUAAAGCCUUUUCACAAAAUGGUCAUCUCAUAAUACAUAAAAGAACACAUACUGGAGAGAAACCUUAUGAAUGCAAUCAGUGUGGGAAAGCCUUUACAGAUCAAAGUCAACUUCGAAUACAUAAACGAGCACAUACUGGAGAGAAGCCCUACAAAUGCAAUCAAUGUGAUAAAGCUUUUUUGCAAAACAUUAAUCUCAGAAUACAUAAACGAGCACAUACCGGGGAGAAACCCUACAAAUGCAAUCAAUGUGAUAAAGCCUUUGCGCAAAAUGGUCAUCUCAUAAUACACAAAAGAACACAUACCGGAGAGAAACCCUAUGAAUGUAAUCAGUGUGGGAAAGCGUUUGCAGAUCAAAGUCAACUUCGAAUACAUAGAAGAAUACAUACUGGAGAGAAGCCCUACAAAUGCAACCAGUGUGAUAAAGCCUUUGCACAGCAUAGUAAUCUCCGAAUACAUAAAAGGACACAUACUGGAGAGAAACCCUAUGAAUGUAAUCAAUGUGAUAAAGCGUUUUUACAAAACAUUAAUCUUAAGAUACAUAAAAGAGCACAUACUGGCGAGAAAUCUUAUGAAUGUAGUCAGUGUGGAAAAGCCUUUGCACGUUACUAUCAUCUUCAAUGUCAUGAACGAAUUCAUACUGAAGAGAAACCUUACAAAUGUAAUCAAUGUGAUAAAGUCUUUUCUCAAUCACAUAGUCUCCAAAUACACAAAAGGACACAUACUGGAGAGAAACCUUAUGUAUGUAAUCAAUGUGGUAAAGCCUUUGCAGAUAAUAGUCACCUUCGAAGACAUAAAAGAACGCAUACUGGAGAGAAACCCUAUGAAUGUAAUCAGUGUGGUUCAGCCUUUUCACAAAACAGCUAUCUCAGAAUACACAAAAGAACGCACACUGGAGAGAAACACUUUGAAUAAGCAAAGCAAUAUGGUAAAGCCUUUGCAUAUAGCAGUAGCCUUAGAAAUCAUGAGAAAAAUCAGCCUGCAGAGAAACCCCACAAAUGUAGUGAGUGUGGUAAAGUUUUGUUCUUCAUUGUAUCUUUAUACAAGAGGAAAAUCUGCAGUGUGUGAUCAGUCUGCUAAAGACUGCAGAUCCCAGUAGUCGUUGAGGUUCUGAAAGAACUACGGAAGGAAGUCUAUGACUAGAAGGGGUUUGGUGUGAUCUUUAGCCAACACACAUUCAGUUACACAGCAUUGUUUAUUCUAGAGACAAAAGUGUAACAAUGUGUCAACAAUAUCUUCAAGCAUUGUGAUGUCACUAUUUUGGUUGCACUUUUUUUUCCCACUCAUUUUUGCACGUUGAACCAUUUCUGCAUCUCUGGGAUGAAGCCAAGUUGAACAUCAUAUGUGAUACUUUUGGUCUUUUCUUUGAAUUUGCAAGUAUCUUACCAUUUUUACAUCUGUGCUCAUGUGGGAAAUUGAUCUAUAAUACUCUUUUUUUUUUUUUUUCCCCUUUGAGUCUUUGUGUGCUUUGGGUAUCAGAGUAACUGUGGCUUCAUAUAAUGAAUUGGGUAAUGUUCCCUUUUUCUAUUUUUAGAAUUUUGUAAAGAAUAUUUUCCUCGCCGGGCGUGGUGGCGCACACCUUUAAUCCCAGCACUCGGGAGGCAGAGGCAGGGGGAUUUCUGAGUUCAAGGCCAGCCUGGUCUACAAAGUGAAUGCCAGGACAGCCAGGGCUACACAGAGAAACCCUGUCUUGAAAAACCAAAAAAACAAACAAACAAAAGAAUAUUUUCCUCCUGAAGGGGCAAAUCUAGACGCCAAGAUUUUGGUGAAGUUAGUUACCUCUGCUCCUGUGUGUACCAAACCUUCAGUUGCAGUGCCAUCUAUUUGUAUUUCCAGCUUUUGUUUUUCAUCAUUUCUAGCAGUUGGCGAAAAUACCUGUUUUCUGAUCUCUCCUGAAUUUGUUCACUUAUCUACAGAAGUGACUCUGACCUUGAGCACAUGCGGGCUAGUGUUGUUUUUUAACAACAGGCAUUGCAUUAACUUGUUUAAUUGUUAUGGGUGAGUUUCUUUGAGACCAACAGGAUAUGAUUGAACUGAAUUUGAUUCUGGGCCCCAUAGGGUGUUUCUGAAGGCAGAGCUUUACCUUGCCUAUCACUUUUUGAUCUGCAUUCAUUAGUUCAGUGCUGACCUUUGCCACACCUUUUUCGUACUCUAGAAGGCUGGGGCCUUCCUUUUGGAUUAUCUGUGGGGGAAAAAAAUCCUUUCUUGGAAUGCCUGGCCUACAAUCCCUUGUCAGGCGUCCAGGGUACCACACUGAGAACAGCUGGCAUUUGGAUGGUUCCUGAACUUUGGGAAAUGACUUUUCCUAUCAGUGUGGCAUCAUAAACUUGAGAUCCAGCAUCACCCAUAUUUCUAAUCCAUCCCUCUGUUGGUGCUGAGCUUGCCUGUGAAGGUCUAAUCAAUGUUUUGCGUUCUGAAUUAGCAUGUUCAAAAGCCAAAUUUUACAAUUAGCAUUUUUCUGACUCCUAAAUCUGAUACUAUUCCAUUUACAGCUGAAGUAAAUUUUUGCAAAACAUCAGAGAAGGCUUCUUUUGGGCUGUGUAUAAUUUUAGUAAACGACUCAAACCCCUUUCCUGAACCUUGAACCGCAUCACAAGCAUUUAAAGCUGCCAAAUAACAUAGUGCCAUGAUGUGAUUAUGAAAAUCAGGCUGCCUGUGUAACUCAGCCUAGUAACCUUCACCUCACAACUGAUCUUGGGAAAUAUCCAUCCCCCUAGCCUGAUUGCAUUGUGCUAUGGCCCUAGCUUCCUCUUUUAAAUUUUUAUUUAUUUAUUUAAUUUUUUUACAUUUUAAAAUUUUUAUUUAUGAGUGCACACCAGAAGAGGGCAUCAGAUCCCAUCACAGAUGGUUGUGAGCCACCAUGUGGUUGCUGGGAAUUGAACUCAGGACCUCUGGAAGAGCGUCUAUUGCUCUUAACCACUGAGCCAUCUCUCCAGUACCUGUCCCCCAAGCCCCCCAGCUUCCUCUUUUCACCACGUUUGCCAGGAUGAUCUAUUCUCCUUGCAAAGAUACAAAAGAUUAGGAACAAUUAUAUUGUAGGGUGUUAUUACACCAGAGGGUAUUACAACCCCAAAGCAGAAGGAGAGAGCAAGAUUAAGAGGAGGAGGAAGGACAGUAGAGUAGAACUUAGAAAUUAAAAGGGAACUUUGAAAUUAUGAGAGUAAUACACAAAGUGCAGAGAGGAGGGAAAAAGAAUCCAUAUAGAGAGUAGAGAGAGCAGGCAGGCUUCUCCUUAUUAUGGGUGGGAACAGGUUGGUUUGUUUGUUUGAUUGAUUUUCGAGACAGGGUUUCUCUGUGCAGCUCUGGCUGUCCUGAAACUCACUCUGUAGACCAGGCUGGCCUCGAACUUAGAGAUCCACCUGCCUCUGCCUCCCGAGUGCUGGGAUUAAAAGCGUGCGCCACCAUAAAAUACAUUUUAUGGAUGUCUCUACUUCUUAGGGUGUUAGUGUUUUGUUAGUGUAAGUGCAAAGAGUCAAAAGAUGUUUUCCAGAACGUAAAUUAAUGUUGUUUAGAUAUGCAAAGUGUGAUUACAUUACGUGACUGUAUAGCCAUAAAAAGGGGUAGUGAUGCUGGUAUAAUCUCAGAAUUCCGAACCCUGGGGCAGGUGUAUUCCUUUUCAUUUGAAGCCAGACUACUCUACAUUAAAGUGUCAUUCCACACCAUGGGCGUCAGUGUCCUCUGGCUUUGCAUGAACACUGCACAUGUGUUGAGGUGACUUCUUCACAUUGUAUGCAAGUGUAUCUGUAUUUUCUUAUGUUGAUUGCUAUAUUGGCAGAGAGCUAAAUGAUAGCAGGAUCUUGAUAAUGUCACUUCUAUGUUCCAUCACCAGCCUUACCUUUGUAAAUACUUGUCUUCCCAAGCCUGCUCAGAUACUUGAAGGUCAGGUCAUUCUCUAUGCCUAGAGGCAAUCUAAAGAUGAACUUCUCUGCCUAGAGACAAUCCACAGAAGUUCUGGUGAUGUCUCACACCCGGGAGAUUGUAAGAAAAACGUGACAUCCAUUCCCUGGGACACGAAUUGGAGGGUGGAAUUCCUCAGCAGAGAGGGAUGCAGGCAGGGGAAAGCGGGUGGAAGAGAUGUCAUAGGGGACAAAGAAGAGGACAGAUAGGUGGCGACAGGAGCAGAGAGGUAAAGAGCUAGCCACAUGGUAGGUCAUAAGCUUGAAUAGUCUUGUCUUUAGCAAUGAGGACUUGCUGUCAGUUUGUGGAGACCAACCCUUUUUCAUGGGCCUGAAUUGUUUGGGUAUUUUUAUAAAGUCCCUUUGGCCCACAGUUCCGUUGGAUGUAACCCAGGGCCUGUACGUAAAGGUUCUUUUCUGGACAAGACAGGAUCAUUUGGAACUCCAGCUGCUUCACCACUCAGAAUUCACUAGAAUCACAUUAAUAUACUUAGAAGAUAGCACUUCCCUUUCCCCUGGCUGGCAGCGCGGAGGCCGCAUGAUUUCUGGAGUUACUGUAAAAGACCAGCAGGAGUUCGUCAGAGCUCUGGCAGCCUUCCUCAAAAAGUCCGGGAAGCUGAAAGUCCCCGAAUGGGUGGACACAGUCAAGCUGGCCAAACAUAAAGAGCUUGCCCCAUAUGAUGAGAACGGAUUCUACACACGAGCUGCUUCCACAGCAAGGCACCUGUACCUCCGAGGUGGUGCGGGGGUUGGUUCCAUAACCGAGAUCUAUGGAGGACGGCAGAGAAACGGUGUCAGACCUAGCCACUUCAGCAGAGGCUCUAAGAGUGUGGCCCUCCGGGUCCUCCAAGCCCUGGAGGGGCUGAAAAUGGUGGAAAAGGACCAAGAUGGGGGCCGCAAGCUAACACCUCAGGGGCAGAGAGAUCUGGACAGGAUCUCUGGACAGGUGGCAGCUGCCAACAAGAAGCAUUAGAACAAAGGAUGCUGGGUUAAUAAAUUGCCUCAUUCAUAAAAAAAAAAAAA